GGCUGGUCGCACUCGAGGUCUUCCAGUCUCGCUCGACCGCCGCCCACGCCUGCCACGCUGCUGCGCCAUGUGUAACUGAGUACUUAAGUAAGUAAGUACCUAGGCAAGGGAACUGCCCGAACUACCCGCUAACUUAAGAUGUUUCGGCACUUUAACGGGUUGAAUCAAGCUCAUAUGCACGCCCCCACGGGCCAAAAGGUACCAACAUAGAUCUGAUCGGCCGGGCGUCUACGGCGAGGCAUGAUGACUCGCCGGUAGGGUGAAAUGCCCCACGCGCUCGGCGGGCUUUAUUAAUUUUGUUUCUGAGUGAGCCUCCUUCUCGCAUAUGUACAUAGCUUCGGUUCCGUUCACACCCCUCUCCUCUCCUUUCCUUUCCUUUCCUUUCCUUUCCUUUCCUUUCCUUUCCUAUCCUAUCCUCAUCAUACUCCCUGCGUUUUCCUUUGUUUUUCUCGCGGGCGUGGAGCGUCGGCCAUAAACCAGCCACAAGUCGACUCGAGUCUCGGGGCUGGCCAUCACCAAGCAGACUGCUUUGUCUGCCCAGGCCUGACUGACAAACUGAGUGGGUCCGCCCUCUGCUCGACCACCCAACGACCCCUUCUCCUGAUGGAGAAGAACCACAGCGUCACUGGCAUGUCCUGGCUCCGGGCUUGCCGCAUCCCGUCGCUGAGGAACAUUGCCAUCAUAAGCGUUGUCCUUCUGCUGCUCUACCACUUCCGCACGUGGAGCUUGAGCUACGAGGCCAGCCCGACGCCCGUGCUGUCCGAAGAGCCACCAGUGACAACAUCCCCCGAGUCACAACCUCCGCCCUCGCCGCCGCCGCCCACGGACAAGGCGGAACAGCCUCCGCCCCCACCCCCGCCCCCGCCCCCGUCUCCGUCUCCAACCCCUGAGCCCACUGGGAUCCCCAAAAAGAUAUGGUACAAGCUCGGGCCCAAGGGGCUCAGCGACGAUGCCCGUGGCUGGACAAACACAUGUAUCUCGCAGAACCCCGAGUAUCACCCAGAAUUCUUCACCGAUCAGUCUGCAGAUGCCUUUGUCCUGGAGAGAUACAAGGACCGUCCUGAUAUCGUGGAUACAUAUUUCGCCCUGACCGUACCCAUCCUGAAGGUCGAUCUGUUCCGCUAUCUCCUUCUCUAUUCCGAGGGCGGCAUCUGGUUCGACCUAGAUGCAACCUGCGAGGGCAUCCCGAUCGACAAAUGGGUCCCCGACGGUGUUGACCCCGCCCUGGUUGUCGGCUGGGAAUUCGACGGCGGCUACCACUUUGAGUUCGACAGGCAGUUCACGACCUGGACAAUCCUCGCCAAGAAGGGCGUGCGCAAGCUGCUGACCGUGGCAGAGGAUGUCGUCAAGGGAGUGGCCGAGUUGGCGGCCGCGAACAAUGUCACCAUCUCGGGGCUGAACAUGGAGAUGGUGGGCGAUGUCGUGGAGUUCACCGGCCCAAAGAGAUUCGCCAAGAGCGUCAUGAAGAGUAUAGUGGACGAGGAAAGUGCCAAAGAGGCCGGGUGGGGAGGAUGGGAGCCGUACCACGAGAUCCUGGAACCGAAGCUCGCUGGUGAUGUCCUGAUCCUUCCGGGCUACGCGCUGGCUGCAUCAUAUAACGAGUACGAACCGGAGGACCAAGACAGAGUCGGCCCUUCAUUGGUGGUCCAUCACUACGCCGGGACCUGGAAGAAUGAGCACGGCGGAGAGACGGCAGAAGGCGAGGGGAAAUCCUCAUGAGAAACGUCUAUAGAAAUGCGAUGGGCGAUCCUAGAUAAUAAUGGCAUGCACCAACUUUUCCUUCUCUUGGUAGCCGCUCCCUAGGAUGCUAAAAUGUGAUGAUCUAUUCAGCUAUCACAGGUUGCUUGUGUGAAUGCUCACUUGCCACUCCCAUGUGUAGCCAAUCCAGAUAUCAGGUCAUGUAAGAACAUGAAUGAAGCUAUGUCACUAGAUACAAAUACAUUUUGCCCCUUCAGCCGAUCAUAAACAUUUUUUGACUGUUGCUUGAACUUGCGGACGUUACCCUCUGGCCACGCUGAUCAAAAAUCCAAGAAUGGGAAAGGAAGGAAAAUAGGAAACCAGGUAUUCUUCCAAGGCCGCCCCUCGCCAAGCUUUCCCACCCAGUAAGUACUUAUACCCAAUUUACGGGUAUCGACCUCCAAAGGAAUGACAGUGUCCCAUACAAGCAGCUCAAGGUCGAUCUCGUCAGGAACCCGACUGACUGCACCCGGCUCCCCGUUCGCAGUCUCCUUGGUGUCCGCUGUCAGUUUCUUUUGAAACUCCCCACACUCACGUACGACGAUCCAAGCGACUGCCUGUACAAGAAUCGAGUCGAUGGCUUCUUGCGCAGAAACCGCCGGCGAGGAGCUACCUUUAGGGGGCCUCAGCUCGGCUUCGACCGCAGCCCAGACCUUCCACCUCUGCGGCUUUGAAAUGUCAAUGGCGUACCGCAUGUUGUGGAAGCCAACCUUGUCGGCGCUGCACUGGCAGUCUUCAGGACGUUGCUGACCACGCUGUGGACUCCUGGAGACGUGUGUGUUGCUUCUGAGUUUCAGGGCGCCCCCGGGGCUCUUGAACUCCAGCCCGUCUGGCCCGCCGUUGUUGGCGGCAAAGCGGCGUGCCACGUCGAAGAAGACGUGCUGCUUCUGUUCUGGGCCUUUGAUGGAGAGUGCCUGGUCUAGUACGGCCUUCAGGUCUCGGUCGACGCGCCUCCGCCCGAGGAAAGGCACCGCGUUGAACAGAGAGAGGGGGCGGAGCUGCUGAGGCUGGCGUGCGGCGGGGGCCAAUCUCUGGCCCAGGAGUAGUCGUGGAUGAGCCAGUGUUCUCAUCGAUGGCUGGACUGUCGCACGGGCAAGCGUCCGGAUCAUGGUUGGUCUAUACAUUUUGAGUAUGAUGGUUUGCGACUGAAGUGUUGGAAUAAUUGUUCUGAGCUCUCUCGCUCGAUACCAACAGGUCCCAACGACAUGCUCCGUGACCAGGUGGCAGCAAUUUUU